AUGUCGGAAGAGGGUUCAGCUUACGGUGACGGUUAUGGACCGCCACCGAGCGGUUCAGAGGUCUAUCCGGGCGGUGCGCCCGACCCAGCCGCAGCAUCAUUGGGAUAUUUUGCGAUGGGUGCUUACGCACCGGUUGCGGCGCCUCCACCAGCCAUGCUGGGAUCGGAUCCGCUGAACGAUCAGGUCAAACGAGACAAGGAAGCAAUCUAUAAGUAG